AUGACUCGUUAUGGCCGACGAUUUGACAGCAAGACCUUUAAGCGUUCACGGGACCGAUCGCGCUCCCGCGCUCGAUCAAACGAGCGAUCUACCACGAGCGAAACUAGAGAUCGAAAGCACUGGCGCCCAAAAUCGCCGCCAAAUCGUAACCGCAGGCAGAGACGCGAGCGCAGUGUCUCCGUAUCUUCGUCGUCUUCGGACAGGAGCAGAUUGUCUUCAUCAGACUCAAGUGAUAGCAGCAGAAAGAAAAGGAUCAGAUCGGAAUGCCUAAAAUUGAAAAAGAAGCAUGGCAAAAAUGAAGAUAAAAGGCAUCACCGCGAAUCCAGCUCGAAGAAACCCAAGAAAAAGAAGAAGCAUAAACAGGGUCAUCGCAGAUAUCGAAAUGAGUACGAUAAGAACGAAGAUUCAUCAUCAGACUCGGACACCAUUCGCAGUGCGAUCUCAGGAAAAAAAAUCAAGCGCAAAUUGGUUCGAUCGGCCGCUGAUUUACAGAGUCAAAAGAGUCGUCAAAAAUUGCUGCAAUUUUACAACGGCAUGUUUGACUAA